AUGUGUGGUUGGGGAAAUACCUUCAGUACCGAAGCAUUAGAAGGUGCUCUUCCAUUAGGACAGAAUACUCCACAAAAGUGUCCAUACGGACUCUAUGCUGAACAAUUACAAGGUACAGCAUUUACUGCACCACGUAGUUGUAAUCAACGUGUUUGGUUUUAUAGAAUUAGACCUUCUGUUGUACAUUUUCCAUUUACAAAUUAUGAAGGAAAUGAACAAUUUUCACCACUCAAUUCAGUCAAGAUUGAUUUGGGACGUUUAGUGACACCACAACAAAUUCGUUGGAUGCCACCAAAGAAAGUUGAAGAAGGAAUUGAUUUUGUUGAUGGUUUGAGAGUUGUUGCUGGUUCGGGAAGUCCACAAUUGAAAACUGGAUUUUCAAUUUUGCAAUAUCAAUUCACCAAGUCAAUGGGUGAUCGUUGUAUGUGUAAUUCAGAUGGUGACUUUUUGUUUGUUCCAGAAAAGGGAGAAUUGUUAAUUACUACUGAAUGUGGUAAAUUGAGAGUUAAGCCAAAGGAAAUUUGUGUCAUUCCACGUGGUAUUAAAUUCACAGUUGACUUUGCUGAUAGCUCAUGUACUUUUGCCAGAGGUUACAUGUCUGAAGUUUAUGCUGGACACUUUGUUAUUCCAGAUUUGGGACCAAUUGGUGCUAAUGGUUUGGCCAACCCAAGAGAUUUCCUCUAUCCAAUUGCUUGUUAUGAAGAUCGUGACCAAGGUGUUGAAUAUGAAAUUAUUCAAAAGUUCCAAAACCAAUACUUUUCUGCUAAAUGUACCUAUUCACCAUUUGAUGUUGUUGCUUGGCACGGAAAUUAUGCUCCAUACAAAUAUGACUUGAAUUUAUUCAAUGUUGUCAACUCUGUAUCAUAUGACCACUUGGAUCCAUCCAUUUUCACAGUUUUGACCUGUCAAUCAGCUGAGAAGGGUGUUGCUGUUUUGGACUUUGUCAUCUUUAAGGAUAGAUGGUCAGUUCAAGAACACUCAUUCCGUCCACCAUACUAUCACAGAAAUACCAUGAAUGAAUAUAUGGGUUUAAUUGAAGGAGUUUAUGAAGCUAAAGAAGAAGGUUUCGUUAUGGGAGGUGGUUCUCUUCACAAUUGUAUGGUUCCUCAUGGCCCUGAAGAAAAGGUCUUUGAAAAGGCAUCCAAUGCUGAAUUGAAACCAGAACGUGUCUCUGAAGGAAGUAUGGCCUUCAUGUUCGAAUCUACCUACAUUAUCAAUCCAACAGAAUAUGCCAUGAAUGAAAUGAAUAUUGAUAAGGAUUAUUAUAAGUGUUGGAUUAACAUUCAAAAGCACUUUAAUCCAAACCAAAAGUAA